AUUGUUUAUUGUUGAUUUAACGAAAGCAAUUUUGAUGUUUCUUUAAUGGAACAUAUUUUUGUGAAAAUGUUGUACUACGGAAUUUUAUUGUAUCUGUUAUUAUUGCAUCGAUUGGUAACAUCUUCCAACGUGAGUGAAACCAUAUUAAAACCAUUACCUUUGCAAGAUCUGGAGUCGGUGGAAGAAUCUAUUGUGUAUGAAAAUAGUAUAAUGAAAAUAUGGCAGAAUUUUACGAAACAGUUUACUCAAGAUAAGGACGAAUCCAAGCUUUCAUCGAUCAACACGACAAGUGACAAGAAUGUCAAGAAUGAAUUUUGGGAUGUUGAUCAAUUGUUGGAAAUCUGGAAUCCAAUUACUACCUCGCGAACCUGGAAGAACGAGACGUACCGAGAUGCAGGCAUUUCGUUACCGUGUAAUGAAGAUUUGACACAUUACAUGAUGGGCAUAUCGAGAAAAGCAAAUUGGGCUCUGAAAAUGAUGGACGCGGAUGGCAAAUACACAUGGGGUACAUUUUCGGGUAAUAGACGUUGGAUGGGAAAUGCAGAUCAAUGUCGCAAACUGGAAAAUGAAUUUGUGGAGUGGCAACAGAAUGAGAGACUUCAACAAAGCGAAGAAUUGCCACCCUUCCGCGUCAGUGUGAACUCUAUUAAUUUUAUGCUUGACAUUCUGAAACCUGGACUAAAUGAGACUUACGAUAUGACACUUGCAUUAUGCAUGCCAAUUAUGUGCAACACGCAGGAUAUUGAGAGACUUUUGUAUUUCGUACAAAAUCAAUCCAGCAUCAAUUUACCAUUCAGAAUUACCAUCGAUCACAUACGAAAUCUUUCGAAAGGAUAUUCAUUUUGGGAGGAUACGACAUUCUACAUUUUAUUAAUUUCUUUCGCAGUUGUAUUUGUACUCAUAUUUAUGGGCACUUCUUACGAUAUUUUACUGCGUUAUAAGAUCUUGCGCAGAGCAAUUAAAAAAAAUAAUAACAAUAUUACAAUCAUGACGCAAUCGAAAUCCCUGAAAUCGGAUGAAAACUACGAUUGCCAAAUUACAAUCUCGAAAUUGUGGACUAUGACGAAGCACAACGGUUCCUUGGACGUUCGCAAUCCAGAAGUUGUGCCGAAACCUUUGUCGGAAGCGCUGCUGUCUUUCAGUCUACUUUUAAAUAUAUCUAAAGUCUGUAGUUUAGAUGUCGGCGCGGAUACUUUAGCGCCGAUACACGGAUUAAAAUUUUACACGAUGCUCUGGAUAAUUCUAGUACACACGUGUUUACUAGCUAACGAAAUUUCAGACAGUAAAAUGUAUCGAAAUGUGGCGGAAAGUGACUUUUUCUAUCAGACCAUCGGCAAUGGUACAUAUUCCGUAGAUACAUUUUUCUUCCUCAGCGGAUGCUUGGUAGCGUUCCUCUAUUAUCGUACCAUGACAAAUAAAAGAAUAAAGGAGAAAAGUAUAAUAAAGGGAUGUCGCGGUCAACUCCUGCAAUUUUUGGCAAUGAUGUGGUACAGAUACUUUCGCCUGACCCCAAUUUACCUUUUAGUAAUCGGUCUGAUUCAGGUGUCGAUGAAAUGGUAUCACGAUCAUUCCGUGAUCGAAUUUCCUGCGAUGGAUUAUAAAACGUGCGAGAAAUUUUGGUGGCGACACGCCUUGUACAUAAAUACUUAUUUCGACAUGGACGACCGAUGCAUGGUUUGGAGCUGGUAUCUGGCAAACGACACGCAGUUCUACACUAUUGGAAUAAUUAUUUUGAUAAUCGGAGCAAGCUUUCUACCGGCAGCGAUGUUUAUCGGAGCUUUCUUUUUAAUCACCUCGUGGAUUACGACAGCGAUAAUUACUUUAAACAUCAAAUACGUACCAAGUGUCAUCGAUCCGUUCGAACACUACGAGAAUCUCUACGACAAACCUUGGUUGCGAAUGGGACCUUAUCUCGUAGGGAUGGCCACCGGCUGGUAUCUCUUCAAGAUUGACUGCAAGGCGAAUAUGAAUAAAAUUGUGAUUGCAAUUGGCUGGUUUGUUUCUUGCAUCACGAUGUUCAGUAUAGUAUAUGGAUUACACGGAACUACAUUUGGACCGACAUUAUCCGCAUUGUAUACGGCAUUAUCACAUUCCGGAUGGGCAAUGUGUCUAGCAUGGAUUUUGAUCGCCUGCGUCACCGGAAAUGGCGGUAUAGCAAACCAUAUACUAUCGUGGAAGUAUCUAUAUCCUAUUUCUAGAUUAACAUAUUGCGCUUAUUUAGUGCAUCCUGCACUUUUGCGCGCUAUGAUUCUGCAGGGUGAAAGUUCAUGGCAUCUUACACAUGGUUUUGUGGCAUUUAUGUUUUUCGGAACUUUGGUGGCAACAUAUGCUGCAUCGCUAUUUCUCUCCUUAUGUUUCGAAGCACCAGUGGUGUCCUUAUUGAGGAUAGUUCAUCCCAUGAGAGAAUGGAAAUUAAAUUAUAUUAAAUAAGUAAGAAAAGCCUUGCGUGUAAGAUAAACAAAUAUUUAUGUGUUUCUGAAA